GUCGAUGUUUCCUUAAUGUCUAUCUAAAGCUCCUUUAGUUGGUGGGCUCAUUGCAAAAAUUGUAUUUGCUCAAUGCAAGAUCGCUCGAUUCGAGCCUCACUCGAAGAAGCUCGAUUGUAGCUUGAUAACUCUCUGAAUUUGAGUGAACCUCUCAAGGAUUCCCAUUAUGAAAGUUAAUAGUCAUUUUUUGUUUUUAGUAGAGCAGCAUACAUCUAAAUAUUGUUUUUUUUUUCCUAUUUUGUUGCAGAUGGAACAUAGAAUAGGGGGAAUGUCAAAUACAAUCAAUACUGAAAUAGUAGAUGACUUUGAGGCUGAAAUUCGAGGUGGAGAUGUGGGUGCUAGCCGAGGUGAAGUUGAAUUAAGCGAUGAAGUUGGCACUAGGGUUGGGGCGGGGCUUGAACAUGUGGGUGCUAGCCAGAGUGAAGAUAGUGAGAGUGAUGAUGGCCUUUAUUUUGAAAGUGAUGUUAGCGAGACCGAUGAUGAUGAGAUUGAUUUAUUUGCAUCGACAUGCGAUGAACACAUGCUAUCUAGGGAUGAAGAAGGGAUACAUGAGGUGGGGAUGGUGACGAAGGCGACAUUCGCUAUUGAUGCCGGGCAAGAAGAUACGAAUGAGGAUGAAAAUGAUGAGGAUAUCGAAGCAAAUGAAGAUUUUAGUCCUCCUAACUCUAGAGAUGAGGAAGUAUGUGACCAAACAAGAGCUUUGACUAUUAGAUAUGACCCUAACUGUGAUCACAAAGAAUUGUAGUUUUAGUUAGGCAUGAGAUUUGAGUCUCAUAUUCAGUUUAAAAGGGUAGUAUGGAAAUAUGCAAUCACAAAUGGAUACAACAUUGGUUAGAAGAAAAGUGAAUUUAAAAAGAUGUAUGCGAAGUGUGUGAUCGGAUGUGAAUGGUCCCUUUAUGG